UUUCACUUCCUAACAUAAUAUCUAUGUCCCAGUUGCUUCUUCUGCAGCUCCUCAAACACUACAAACCACUUCAAGACAAAAACAACACCCCAUAAUAAUAAUAAUAUCAACACAACAUAAACAGCCACACCUAUUGUGUCACAAAAUUUGAGUCUCAUAUUUUGUGCUCUUCAAUAGUGUGAAGAAAAAUUCCCACCACUCCUGUUGGGAAAACAUCACAAUUCACAAGCUGGUAAGACCAAUUAAAAUCUUCCGCAGCCUACAUAGUCGUGGUUUACAUGAUGAUGGCUUUGGUCUAUUAUGUGAAUUUGAAUGGACUGCAAAUUAGUGAUUUGAGAGUCAGAGAUUGAGUUUUGCGUGGUUCAAUAGUAUAAUAGUAUCUAUAACAAAGUUGUUGUGUUGGUUUUCAAUUUUCAUCCUCCAAAGUCUCAGAUACUAUUCAGAAUUCGGUGUCCACCAUCCCAUCUGUGGUUUCCUUUUCCUUGUAACCAAAGAGAUGCUUCUUUGAGAGCCUUUAUCUAGUGGGAUUCCUGACAGAUAUUGCCAUAACUCAAAAAGGUUUAGGUCCUUCUCUAUUUCUUCAUUUUCUUGCUGAUAAGAAAAAGAAGAAAAAAAAAUCAGAACUUUUGUUUCUUGCUUUAGUAGUAGUACACUUCUCUGACAAGCACCAAAAUUCUUCUGUCCUCAACAACACUCAAGUAAUCAUCCAGUGCAAGAAGUGUUACAUCACAGAAAGGUUUUGAGUUUUUACAAGCCAGAAGAUGUUUCAAGCCUCUAUGUGGGUCUAUUUGCUUCUAAAUUUCCACGCUCAAUUCUCCAAGCUUUUCAAGCAGCAGAGAUAGAUACUUCAACUGAUUCAAAAGGGUACAAGAAUUCUGAGUUUAACAAUUGCAAUUCUUGGUGUUUUUGAAGUGGCUGACACAAGAUAAUGGCUCUUCACCACCGCUUGUUGCUUGUCGACACAAAUUCAAGCUCACCUGCACCAAGCAGCAUGAAUAAGACAAGAGAGACUUUCACAGGCGAUGCAAAUUUUGACACCAACAUGGUGAUUAUCUUGGCCGCGUUGCUUUGUGCACUUAUAUGUGCUUUGGGGCUCAACUCAAUUGUGAGAUGUGCUCUAAGAUGCAGCCGCAGAUUUGCUUUUGAGACCCCAGAGGAGACAGCGGCACGUUUGGUGGCGAAAGGCCUAAAAAAGAGUGCAUUGCAUCAGAUCCCUAUAGUUGUUUAUGGUUCAGGUAGUGCUAGUAUUGCAGCCACAGACUGUCCAAUUUGCCUUGGGGAGUUUGUGGAUGGGGAGAAAGUUAGAGUGUUGCCAAAAUGUAACCAUAGAUUCCAUGUAAGGUGCAUAGAUACAUGGCUCCUCUCACACUCCUCUUGUCCUAACUGCAGACAAUCUUUGCUUGAGCAUACAACUAUUUCUGGAGCUGUAGCUGUAGCUGCAGGAACCAGUCAUCAUGCGGGGAAUGCCUUGGGAGGACGACAUCAACAUGAGUCUUUAUCUGUGGCUGUGGAAGUGGUUGGCUAAUUGCAAACUUAACCCUCCACCCUCAGAAUUCACUAGAGAGAAGUAGCGGAUGAAUAAAUGGAGACUAGUAGGUUUUAGCCUUGAGUUUGGAACUAUUUCUUUUUUCUUGUUUACCUUGCAUUUGUGUAAUUGUAUGAGAAUUGAAGAUAUUGGGGUAGAUAUUAGUGUGCGAAUAGUGCAUGUUUGGAUUAUGGUUUCAUAGACCUUUCUGUGUUUGUGCAUGUUUUCCUGACAUGCGAAAUAGUGCUCAAUCUUGAAUGCUUGUUGUCUGUAAAUAGAUUGAAAAACAAGGUGCACAACUAAGUUGGAUACUUGGAUCAAUGGCAUUGUCUCCAGAAAAUAGAA